GCUGCGCGAUCGGUUCAGGACCCGAAACGGAAGAAAGAAAGUGAUAGAGAGACAGAGACGGGAUUUUAAAAGCAAAAGCAAUGGAAAGAGAGAGAGGGGAGGGGCACAGGGGGCUCACCACCUCAAAAGGCCUUUUACACGUGAUAAAGAAAACACCAAAAGCACUUGCAUGCGUGUAUAAAGAUUCAUCAUUUUCAUCUUCUCUCUUCCUCUCUUCAGUCUUCAAACCCCGAAUUCCCCCUCCAACAAAACCAUACUCAGAAUCUCAGACACCGACCAGUUUUGCUUUUUUUUUUUUCCCACCAAUUCCAGGUCUUUGCCUCCCUCUCUGUGCAGUGAAGGAGUUACUAUUUUAUCUGGGUGAGCAGCAGCUAUAGUCCCCAUUUUGUGAGGCAAAUAAGCAAACAUUAGGAGGGCUUGCGUAUGUGCCAUUCGGUGAAAAGAAACAACUUGUGAACGCUUUGCAUAUAAAUUUCAGGGAGGAGAGAAAAAGAAGCAGAAAACAGACAUGCCUAUAAGGCAGAUGAAAGAGAGCUCAGAGCAGCAUCUUGUGAUCAAAACCCACUUUAAAUACUCUAUGAACCCACCCCAGAAAACUCCAAAAACUGCUCAAAAUGGGAAAGGUCCACCACUCCAAGAACACCAAAACACUAAAAUCCAGAACCAGCCUUCACCCCCUUCAAGAAAUAGAGGAAGAAGAAGGGGAAGAGGUGGUAGAAAAUCUGAUCAAGGUGAUGCCUGUCUGAGACCCAGUUCCAGGCCUUGUACCGUUGCCUGUAAGCCGGUAAACCCAGCCGGUGAUAGUUUGGAAACAACUCCAAACGUGUCUACUGAAAAUGGGGGCAGUGUUUGUGAAAUGGAGAUGGGUUUCCCUACUUCGAGCAAGUCUUUGAGUUUUGCUCCUAGGCCUGGUUAUGGCCAAGUUGGGACAAAAUGUAUAGUCAAGGCGAACCACUUCUUAGCCGAGUUACCAGAAAAGGACUUGAACCAUUAUGAUGUCACCAUCACCCCUGAAGUGGCAUCAAGAACUGUGAACAGAGCCAUUAUGGCAGAGCUUGUAAGGCUGUACAAGGAAUCUGACUUAGGCAUGAGACUGCCUGCCUAUGAUGGCAGAAAGAGUCUUUACACAGCUGGUGAGCUUCCUUUUGCUUGGAAGGAGUUUACUAUUAAGCUUGUAGAUGAAGAUGAUGGAAUAAAUGGCCCCAAACUACAUACCGAUCCACAACUUCGCAGAAGAGAAAGACAGUAUAGAGUGGUAAUUAAAUUUGUUGCUCGGUCGAAUUUGCAUCAUCUAGGCCAGUUUUUGGCUGGUAAGCGUGCUGAUGCUCCACAGGAAGUUCUGCAAAUUCUUGACAUAGUGUUAAGAGAGCUCUCAGUAAAGAGGUAUUGUCCCAUCGGGAGAUCUUUUUUCUCUUCUGAUAUAAGAGCACCACAAAGGCUUGGGGAUGGCUUAGAGUCCUGGUGUGGCUUUUACCAGAGUAUAAGGCCUACCCAGAUGGGCCUGUCCCUGAAUAUUGAUAUGGCUUCAGCUGCUUUCAUUGAGCCACUUCCUGUCAUAGAGUUUGUUGGCCAACUUUUGGGGAAAGAUGUUCCAUCUAGGCCAUUGUCUGAUUCUGAUAGCGUGAAGAUUAAAAAGGCCCUUAGAGGAGUCAAAGUUGAAGUAACUCAUAGGGGUAAUGUAAGAAGAAAGUAUCGUGUUUCUGGAUUGACGUCUCAGCCGACAAGAGAACUAGUGUUUCCUGUUGAUGAGAACUCGACCAUGAAGUCAGUUGUUGAAUACUUCCAAGAAAUGUAUGGAUUCACCAUUCAACAUAGUCAUCUACCUUGCCUCCAAGUUGGAAACCAGAAGAAGGCAAGUUAUUUACCCAUGGAGGCAUGCAAAAUUGUUGAGGGACAACGAUACACAAAAAGGUUAAAUGAGAAACAAAUCACUGCUCUCCUAAAAGUUACGUGUCAAAGACCAAGGGAGCGGGAAAAUGACAUUUUGCAGACGAUUCAACAUAAUGCUUAUGAUCAAGACCCUUAUGCAAAGGAGUUUGGGAUCAAAAUCAGUGAAAAGCUAGCUUCUGUCGAGGCUCGAAUUCUCCCCGCUCCUUGGCUAAAAUAUCAUGAAACUGGGAAAGAAAAGGAUUGUUUACCUCAAGUUGGUCAGUGGAAUAUGAUGAAUAAGAAAAUGAUUAAUGGGAUGACAGUAAAUCGGUGGGCAUGCAUUAACUUCUCACGAAGUGUUCAAGAGAAUGUUGCUCGUGGAUUUUGUAGCGAGCUUGCACAAAUGUGCCAAGUAUCUGGCAUGGAAUUUAACCCAGAUCCAGUAAUUCCAAUUUACAAUGCUCGUCCUGAGCAAGUGGAAAAGGCUUUGAAGCAUGUUUAUCAUGUGUCCAUGAACAAAACCAAAGGAAAAGGGCUGGAGCUUCUAUUAGCAAUCUUACCUGAUAAUAAUGGCUCCCUCUAUGGAGAUCUAAAGCGGAUAUGUGAAACUGAUCUUGGCUUACUAUCACAAUGCUGUCUCACAAAACAUGUUUUCAAAAUCAGCAAGCAGUACUUGGCUAAUGUGUCGCUUAAGAUCAAUGUAAAGAUGGGCGGUAGAAACACUGUACUUUUGGAUGCUAUCAGUUGCAGAAUACCUUUAGUUAGCGACAUACCAACCAUUAUUUUUGGAGCUGAUGUCACUCAUCCAGAGAAUGGGGAAGAUUCAAGCCCCUCAAUAGCUGCUGUAGUAGCUUCUCAGGACUGGCCUGAAGUGACGAAAUAUGCUGGAUUAGUAUGUGCUCAAGCUCACAGACAGGAACUCAUUCAGGAUUUGUACAAAACAUGGCAAGAUCCUGUUCGUGGGACUAUUAGUGGUGGCAUGAUCAGGGAUCUUUUAAUUUCCUUUAGGAAGGCAACUGGCCAGAAGCCACUGAGGAUAAUAUUUUACAGGGAUGGUGUAAGUGAAGGGCAGUUCUAUCAAGUUCUACUUUAUGAGUUAGAUGCAAUACGGAAGGCUUGUGCUUCACUAGAACCAAAUUAUCAGCCACCAGUAACUUUCAUUAUAGUACAAAAACGACACCAUACUCGGCUGUUUGCCAACAGCCACAGGGACAGAAGUAGCACAGACAAGAGUGGGAAUGUAUUACCUGGCACUGUGGUUGAUACUAAAAUCUGUCAUCCAACGGAAUUUGACUUUUAUCUCUGCAGCCAUGCUGGAAUACAGGGGACAAGUCGACCAGCUCACUACCAUGUUCUCUGGGAUGAAAACAAUUUUACAGCGGAUGGAAUUCAGUCUUUAACCAACAACCUCUGUUACACGUAUGCAAGGUGCACCCGUUCUGUCUCUGUUGUUCCUCCAGCAUAUUAUGCACAUCUGGCUGCUUUCCGUGCUAGAUUCUACUUGGAACCAGAUGCGCAACUGCAAGAGAACAGCUCUAAUGGCAGUGGCCAUGCUACUAAGACCACACGAGCAGGAGAAAAUGGUGUCCGGCCAUUGCCCGCUCUAAAAGAGAACGUGAAGAGAGUAAUGUUCUACUGUUAAACUUGCUAGUGCUGCCAUUUCUGGAAGACCGGCCUGUGCCAAUAGAUCCUUCAUUUCUCAGAUUCCUUUGUAAAUUAUCAGCAAUAGAUAUGCAUAAUCGCAAGGUUUUCCCUUCUAGGCAGUGGUUAAUGUCGAAAGUUGAGGUCAUGGUCCUUGAAAGUUGAUAGAAAUCGUAAGUGUAGGGUGAGAUGUCAAAUGCUUCAUAGAGGGAAGAAUGUAAAAGUAGGGCUCAUGUAAAGAAACGUUUUUAUGUAUGAAUCGAUCAUAUAUAUGCAGGAAGUUUUGUCUCUUGUGGCAUCAGUUUCUCUCGCACUGUGUAUUGCCUCUGAAACAAUUGUAGAGCAACAGAACUUGACGAGGCUAUAUGGGUCUAAACUAGGGUUG